AAACUUCUUUCUUUCUUAGAAACAAACGGAAUUUGGAACGUGCAAAAUAUGUUUUCUGAUGAUUAUUCCAUCUUUAUUUUUACGCGAAACCGAAGUACAAAAGUGAUUUUGUUUUUUUUUUUUUAUUAAUAAAUUUUCAUUCUUAUAUAUAUAUAUAUAUAUAUAUUAAUGAAUUUCUAAAAUUUAUAAAAAUGAAUGUCCGGAAAAACUUUCACUUUCCACAUGAAAGAGCCUCCAGAGCCAUUAAAUACAAGAGUGAAUAAAUAAAUGAAAAAAAAACAUUCCAUUUUAACAAAAAUAUUCUUAAGGAUAUAGUAAUUAACUUAAUGUAGUGAUAAGAAAGAAUACAUAUACAUGCGAUGUCUCUGAAGCUUCCUUUCGAGCAUUGCAAACGUUUUGACAAAAUGAAUAUACCCCUUCGCUGAUGGAUACAAAAACAAAAAUUAUACGCUGCGAACGGCAAUUCUAUUUCUGCGAAUAAAAAUUUACUUUGCUGUGCUAUUGUGGAACUCGGGCGGUUAAUUUAUCUUAUCUACAAGCAAAAAUGAGCGUCGCCACAGGGCAUCGUGGCCAAUUCAAUACCGCAAGUAAAGCUUCGCUUAAUUACUCGGGAACAACGAAUACACCGAAUGACUCCGUUGAACCGAUCUGUGAAUUGAGUACAUUGCAGUGUCGUCAUCUAAUAGUCGAAUCUAAUAGCUCAUUCAAGCAAUGGGCUGAAGUGGACGCUCCUUCUUGCAUGGGCGCCAAUUGCGAUCAUAGCAUUAGUUAUUGGGAAAUAUGCUCAACAGCGUUAUCAAUCGUUAUGCGCGCUAUAGCGGUUUGCAUUAACAUUAAAUUAGCAGCAAACUAUUAUCGUCAGGGUCAUUUGGAUUACUUUGCAUGGACUAUCACAUGCAUUGCGGUACCUAUGUUCGUUACCACAAUGAUUCAUGCCAACAUGUGUUAUAAAGAUGGUAAGUUUAGUGACGGUGCGUGCAAAACUUUACAAACCCUAUGGCUAGUUAUCGUAUCAUCGUUUUUCUUUCGUUAUUGGAAAUCCCUAAUGUAUGCUUUAAAAUGUAAAAGAGCUGAAAGUAUUGGCGAUAAACAAUCGCAAUUAAGAAAUUACAAACUGAAUAUAAGGGAAGAAAGUGAUGUAGCUUUUAUAAGAUUAUUUGAGUGUUUCCUGGAAGCUGCCCCUCAAAAAAUAUUGCAAGUAUCUAUAGUUUUAGGUCAUGUUGACAAAAUGACAGAUUUACAAAUUAUAGCCAUAUCUUCAUAUUUUGGCAGUAUGGCUUGGUGUUUAUCAGCUUAUCAUCGUUACAACCGUUACUCACAAGGUGAUAAAUUCAAUAUAAGUAUAAACGGUGUAAUUCUACAAUUGUGCUGGCAUUUUUGUACAUCAGUUUCCCGCACACUGUGUAUAGCCUUGGUGGCUAGCAUAUUUCCACUUUGGACAUUAGUUGCUAGUCUGAGUCACGCUUUACUAUUUGGCUUCAUUACUUUCAUAAUUGAACGUCCGAAGUUCGCCAAUUCUUCUUUAAGCAAUUUUCUUUUCUGUCUAGUCUUAGGUUUUGUUUAUGUGUUCACGUUUAUAUCAGUACGCGACGCUCCUACACGUUAUAAGUAUAUAUCUUAUUACUUGUUCUGCACAAUCGAAAAUAUUGCCUGCGUAACACUAUUCAUUUUGUACGCUUCUAACGAUUUAGCGAACAUUGCAAUACUAUUUUAUCCUUUAUGCGGUUUAGCUUUAUCAUUUUAUUACAUCGGUAUUGGCUUUAUGAUCAUCUAUUAUUUGUACUUUCAUCCGCGCAUAACAGCCAGAACAUCUAAACGAAUUAUUAAUAAUAACUAAAUAAGUAUAUAGUGAACUGAAUUAUUUUGUACAGUUGUUGUUAUUGUUUUUUUUUUUUUUUUUUUUUUUUUUUUUUUUUUUUUUUUUUUUUUUGUUUUGUUUACAUUUAUGUAAGAAUACAUUCGAAUAAAGUAUAAGUUUUAAAUAUUUACUUAAUAUUUGUUUAUUUAAUACCUAAGGUUUUUUAGCAUAUCAUAAUUCAUUACAUUUGUUUUUAUAUAGGAAUUAAGCUGUUUGUUAAAAUAUUUGUAUACAUA